UCACCUUCCACCAUCAUGAAGAUGAAACGCCCGAGUACAAGUCCUGGUAUCCUUCAAAAACGUCGCCAUGACUUUACCUUCGGACUUCCGUUGCAAAUUUCGGGAUCUACUCUACAGCUCCCUAAUGCUCAUUCAUCUCCGUCCAGAGGUUCUACUCUCCCAACAUCACGUCCCGGGUCUCCCCAGAGCGCUCAUUCUCGUUUCACUUUUCCCUGGGAGGGCAUAGAGCCUCCGUCCCCUCUGUUCGACGAACACUCCCCGCCGAGUACAGAGCAACUUGAGCUCGCAGCAAAGUCUUCGGUAGUAUCGGAAUCUGGCGUCAGAGUAGCCUUUGGGUCACUCUGGCAAGACCAGAAAACCAUCAUUAUCUUUAUUCGUCAUUUCCUUUGUCCUAUGUGUCAGGAUUAUGUCCUCUCCACUGUGCAAAGCAUGGCCCCUGAAGCCCUUCGUCGAGACGGACUACGGCUUGUUAUCAUCAGCAAUGGACACCACGACUUUAUCAAAUCCUAUCGCAAGAUAACCAAAUGCCCUUACGAAAUUUACACCGAUUCGAAAAACGAUGUGUAUAACGCACUAGGAAUGACUUUCCAAAAGGUAGAAAAGGGGCCGCACAUCGUACACCAGGCAUGGAGAGUCAUCGCGAAUGCUUUCAAGUCAGGAAUGCCUCUGUGGAGACACGGAGGGGACAUAGCACAGCUCGGUGGCGAGUUUGUUUUGGGACCUGGCAUGAAAUGCUCAUUUUCUCACCGUAUGCGAUAUGUCCGGUCACACUUACCGAUCCAUAAAGUGGUACAGGCGGCUAUCGCUGAGCCUGAAGGUCCUAGACUUCCCGAGAUACUCGUCAUUGGGCGUGAUCACCCCAAUCAUCUCGGCGGCUCCACUUCUUCCCGUACAUCUGUGCUAGAGGUAUUUCAUAAAGACUAUCAAGACGAGGACUCGGAUUUCCGCCCUCCCAACCCCACUGUAGUCAAGAAAGGAAGAUGGAACUUGCCAUCCACCAGACGGUCCUGGAUCAUCCAGGAGGACGGAGAAGAUGAGCAGUCGGAUCUGGCACUACCGGACAGAAUAAUAGACAAGGGGAAGACUCCCAGCGAAAGCGAGCAUCACGAGACGAAAAGAGUGUCGAUGAUGGUCGCCCAGGCAGACAUCGUACGCAUCAAAACUGCUCAAUUUAACGAUCCAGGUGAAGGUUUGCUACCGACAGCGACCACAGUGGAUUGGCGAGGACUCAGACGUGGAAACAUGAAACUCCUUGGGAGUGAGGACGCGCCGCAUCCGGGGAUAGCAUCAAGACGGGAUGGCGCUGGAAAGUCCUUUCCUAAAGAUAUUCCCAAGGACAUCUCGCCGGCGGAUAUCGGUCGUGAUAGCACUAGUUUGAGUUUGAGUCUCGACAGCGGUAUUGACAGUAGCGAAGGCCGUAUUUCCUGUGAUAGCGACUCCUCGACCACUCCGUCCCAAGAAGCUCAAGUCCGCAAAGCGUUCGUGCUUAAACUGUUACCUACUCUAGAUUUGGACGUCUCGUUGAAGUUUGAGGAGUUCCCGUGGCUUGGGGACGGUAGGUACCAGUGUCCUCCUUCAAGGAGGUCGUCACUGGACUCAUUCCAAUUGGACCCACAAUUUCUUACAAGUUCCAAGGAUCGAAACGGUGGCUCUUUGAUUCACCAGGAUAUGCAUGAGGUGUGGAUGUAGGGGAACUCGGAGGCUUGUGAACAUCAUACAUAACACGGUGCAUACGACUUGUCAGUUUCGAAAAUGGAGUAGCCCCGUUCACUAAACCGUAUUAUCUCUCGUGAAUUAUACGAUU